AUGACGUUGCGAACGUCUCAAUGCGUAGCGUCUAACGUAAAGUGGAAAGCGCUUUUGACACUUUUAACUGCAGGAAUAUGUCGAGAACGAUUUGCUUUUGUAAAUGGCGGCGAUCUAAUGGUAAAAAUUCCAUUUUUUCAGCAGCAAGAGAAGACAACAAGAACUCACUCGGUUCGAUUGGCACAUCAACAAGUUCGAGCUCAUAGACGCGCAGAAACAGAAGCUACAAGUGGAAAUGAAAAUAUUCCACUUGGAUUAUUAGCUUUAAGUGAGUCACAAUUGGGUGUAGGUCUCGGUACACAUUAUGCUGAAAUUUAUCUUGGAAUUCCACCACAACGAGCGUCUGUGAUUCUUGAUACUGGAAGUCACUAUACAGCUUUACCAUGUAGUUCGUGUCAUGAAUGUGGAACCCAUACAGAUGGGUUAUUUAAUGUAUCGAGAUCAACUACUGCAAAAUAUAUCAAAUGUCAUGAAUAUCAAACAUGUCGAUCGUGUGAGAAUGAUCGGUGUAUUAUUUCUCAGAGUUAUGUAGAAGGAAGUAUGUGGCAAGCGGAAAUGGUUGAGGAACUUGUGUGGGUAGGUGGAUACUCGAGCUCAAAUGAUGCAAUGGAAGGACUUUUGAAAACUUUUGGAUUUUUGUAUCCUUUGGGUUGUCAAACGAAAGAGACGGGACUUUUCAUUACUCAAAAGGAGAAUGGGAUCAUGGGAUUAGGACGCCAUCCUUCAAGCAUUUUGACUUAUAUGGUCAAAGCAGGACGUGUCUCUCGUAAUCUCUUUACACUUUGUUUUACUUUAGAUGGUGGUGAACUUGUGUUUGGAGGUGUGGAUUAUAGUCAUCAUAUCUCUGAUGUGGGUUAUACUCCAUUGCUUCACGACAAAUCAUAUUAUUAUCCAGUUUAUGUCAAAGAUAUUCGAAUAGACGGUAGAUCAAUUGGUAUUGAUACUGCCACGCUCAAUUCGGGAAGUGGAGUGAUUGUUGAUAGCGGUACAACCGAUACGUUUUUUGAUGCAAAUGGAAAUCGGAGAUUUAUCAAAGCAUUUGAAAUUAUAGCAGGACGUGAAUAUAGUAACAAAGACAUGAAACUCAGUCUUGAUGAACUCGCAGCACUUCCAGUGAUAUCAAUCAUAUUGUCUGGAAUGCAAGGAGAUGGAACGGAUGACGUCCAACUGGAUGUUCCUGCUGCAAGAUAUCUUACUCCUUCUAAUAAAAAAGGAAGUUAUUAUGGCAAUAUUCACUUUUCAGAACGUAGUGGGGGAGUGAUAGGUGCAAGCGUAAUGGUUGGUUUUGAUGUCAUUUUUGACACGGACAAGAAGCGAAUUGGAUUUGCUGAAUCGAAUUGCGGUAAAAUCUCUGCAAACUUGAGCUCUACAACGAUACCAUUAGUUUUAAACACGACAAAUCAAAGUGUCGUGCCAACUGGAUUGAAUGUUUCUCAACAACCUUCUUUCGAUGAAAUUUCAUCCACAGGUUCAAGCGAUGACACUAUAAACGAUGUAAAUUCGACCAUAUCAAUCAAUGCGCUGGACGAUAUUGAUGUUUCUAAUGGCACUGCUGCCUCAACCCAUGGCUCUACAACUAGCCUCAAAGUUGGAGCGUUUCUAGUUGAAAUUCUAGUGAUUUCGUUGGUCGGAAUGGCGCUUGCUGUACUCGUCUGGACAAAAUGGCGUACGCGAUCGUGGUCUCGUAUUCCAAAUGCGACAACGACAUUGCGAUCGCAUGUAGAGACGCAAUUGGAUGAUGACGACACAAAAAGUCUCUUGCCACUCGAACAUCCGCUAUCUCCUCGGUCUCGAGCAUCUAGGAAAGCAAUCCCGACAACAUUUACAAUUGACUUUCUCGAAUCUAAAGAUACAUGCGAGUAUUUAGAAGGACAAAAGGAUAUUGGUACUUUAAAGUGCCAAGAAACACUCAACCUGACUUAA